AUGAGGGGGUAUUUCCUUGUGAACAUCGGGAGAACCCAAGGGUGAAACCGGAAGUGGAUUGGUCCUUUGAACUUCACUCUUAAUUCAGAGAGACAAUAAUUGUGUUCUGUUUAAGUCGUGGACUGAAAAAUAUUCGCGAAUUGAGAAAAAUAUUUUGGUUCUUUAGGAAAGGAACAGUUGAUGCUGUGUACUGUCUAUCAUGUUAAUGCCUUUCUGGAUUCCGGUGUUAGAGAUGUUUGCAGACAUUGAAAGAAUCGUCACAUUUCUUGAGGCAGCUCCAAGAUGUUUAUUUCUGAUCAAGAGCUUUCCAUUAAAACGAAGUUUGAAUUGCAACGAAAGGCAACACAUGCAGGCUUCUCUGUAUUAACGUAAGGUUUGCUCAAACAAAAAAAAGGCACGCAAUCCGGAUUUCAUAAUCAUAUUUCACAUCCUCUCUUUAAAUGUACCCCCACCCCCUGCAGGUUUGUAAAAAUGCCUGCGCUCCUCCUCUCCCAGCUGGUUUAGUUGGGGUUUCUAAUGCAGACACAGCUCAAAUGCUGCUGAUUCCUGCUCCUCCUCUCUCUCUGAGACGUUUUCUUGUAUUUGUUAUGAAGUGACAUCACCAGUAUAUACACACACACUAACCCGAACCGAGGAGUGGAGCCGUCCGGCGCUUCAGGCUUUUGCAGUCGAGAGCUACAGGAAUAUGGCGUCCAUAGGAGACUUCGAUCCCCUGCACGCCAACAUCCCGGCCACCAAAGUCGAGAUCACCAUCUCAGGCAGGAAUCUUUUGGACAGAGAUACAUUUUCUAAGUCGGAUCCAAUUUGUGUUUUAUAUUUGCAAGGAAUUGGGAACAAAGAAUGGAGAGAGUAUGGAAGAACAGAAGCAAUUGACAAUACAUUGAACCCAGAUUUUGUGAGAAAAUUUCUUCUUGAUUACUUCUUUGAAGAACGUCAGAAUCUCCGAUUUGAUUUGUAUGAUGUUGAUUCAAAGAGUUCAAAUUUAUCGGAACAUGACUUUCUGGGUCAAGCAUUCUGCACGUUGGGAGAGAUAGUUGGUUCACAGGGAAGCAGACUGGAAAAACCUCUUGUGGGAAUUCCUGGAAAGAAAUGUGGAGCAAUAAUUCUCACAGCAGAAGAAUUGAGCAAUUGCCAUGAUGUUGCGGUGAUGCAGUUUUGUGCCAACAAAUUAGAUAAAAAGGAUUUCUUUGGAAAGUCAGACCCCUUUCUUGUAUUUUACAGAAGCAAUGAGGACGGAACGUUUACCAUUUGUCACAAGACAGAAGUUGUAAAGAAUACCUUAAACCCAGUGUGGCAGGCCUUCACAAUCCCUGUGCGUGCGCUCUGCAAUGGGGACUUUGACAGAACUAUCAAAGUGGAAGUGUACGACUGGGACAGAGAUGGAAGCCAUGAUUUUAUUGGGGAAUUCACCACUAAUUACAGAGAACUUUCAAGGGGACAGUCACAGUUCAAUGUAUACGAGGUGUUAAAUCCAAAGAAGAAAGCAAAGAAGAAAAAAUAUAUAAAUUCUGGAACAGUAACAUUGCUUUCCUUUGCAGUUGAAACUGAAUGCACGUUCCUUGAUUACAUCAGAGGAGGGACACAAAUCAAUUUCACAGUGGCUAUUGAUUUUACAGCAUCUAAUGGUCACCCUGCCCAACCAACCUCUCUCCAUUACAUGAACCCUUAUCAACUUAAUACUUAUGCCAUGGCAUUGAAAGCUGUAGGAGAAAUCAUUCAGGACUAUGACAGUGACAAGAUGUUCCCAGCCUUAGGAUUUGGUGCCAAGUUGCCUCCGGAUGGGAGAAUUUCACAUGAAUUUGCAUUGAAUGGAAACCCUCAUAAUCCAUAUUGCCAAGGAAUUGAUGGGGUUAUGGAAGCUUACUACCAGAGUCUAAAGUCUGUGCAACUCUACGGACCGACCAACUUUGCCCCUGUAAUUAAUCAUGUAGCAAGGUAUGCUGCCUCUGUAAACGAUGGAUCACAAUAUUUUGUUCUUCUUAUUUUAACUGAUGGAGUCAUCUCAGAUAUGGCACAGACAAAAGAAUCCAUUGUCAAUGCUGCUUGUUUUCCAAUGUCGAUAAUUAUUGUUGGGGUUGGACCUGCAGAAUUUGAUGCAAUGGAGGAAUUAGAUGGGGAUGAGAUUAGAAUAUCAUCACGAGGAAGAUAUGCUGAGAGAGACAUAGUUCAGUUUGUGCCUUUCCGGGACUAUGUUGACAGAACUGGAAACCAUGUGCUGAGCAUGGCUCGACUUGCAAAGGAUGUCUUAGCUGAGAUUCCGGAACAGUUUCUCUCUUAUAUGAAGUCAAGAGGAAUUAAGCCUUCUCCUGCUCCACCCCCCUACACUCCUCCAGGUUAUCCUUUGCAGACACAGCUUUAACACAGGCUGAUUCCAACAUUCCCAUUUGUCACUGAUGACCUGAACUAUUUUGAGUGGUGGAUUCUGCCGCUUUUUUUAAAAUCAGGUUGCUAUACAAAGACUUAUGGGUGUUGUCAGCUCUCCACUCAGAAAGCAUCCAAGAGUUUCUGCUGGAUUCAGAUUGCAUGGUUUCAAGAAUAUUAUCAUCAGGCAAAGACUAGAGAGAGGGUGCAUAAAGAAAAGUGAUUUUCUUAAGGCAGAGAGAAGAUCCUUGCACUUCUAUCUCAAUCAUCUCCUUUGAAACAAUGGGAAUUGUGGACUUUGCUGAAGAAGCAGAUGCUUUGUCAAAAUUGUUAUGACAUGAUAAAAUGAAAGAAGUUUGUUUGAAAAUUAACAGAAAUUGAAGUUCCAGCUUAUUGUAAAUAACUGAGAAUGUUCAGUUCUUAUUCUUUGAAUGUUUACAUGUUGACUUUUUACAAUUGAAUCGUUUUUAUAGACAUAUACUUCCUGUAAACACAGUUUUAAAUAUUGUUAUAAUUGUGAUUUGCUAGGUGUUACACCUCUAUUUACUAAUGAUUAACUCAGAUGUUCUGGUGCACUGGUGAAUCUCAAAUGAUAGGCCACAUGAUCUGGUUAGCAGUUGGUUGACAAUAGACCUGACUGCUUCCUAGUGACCACUACCUGACACUUGCAAUUACACCUCAAAAAUGAUAGUCUCCCAACCAACUCAAUUGGUCAACCUUUUUGUUAUUUCACCACUCUGACAGCACAAGUGCUUCACUCUGAAAAUAAAGGCAUGGGAGAAGGAAGAAAGACAGAGGAGAGAUUGGAAAACACCAAAAAUAUUGACAAUGCAGGCAUUACAGUCUAAUCCAUAACUUUUUUGUGGGCAAUAAACUGUUUGAUGGAGGAAGACCUGGAUAAGUUUGAGAACCACUACACUAUACCACGCCAAUAAUGUGCAAGCCUGAACCCACCAGGUAAAUGUGCCAGGAAAGUAACUGCACAGGUAUAUGUUCUUGUGCUCAUUUAUUGAAUUCCCCAUUAUUUUGUAAUAUGCUUGAUCAGAUCUUACAGCACGUGCCCUAGCUGCAUGGACACUUUUUUGGAAGAGAAAUGCACUUUUGUGAGUAGUGUGCUAGAUUAAAUACAGUAACAAUAUGGCCUUAAAUUCUCAGUAGAUACUUACAAUGACUUUUUUGCAUUUUGUCUUUGGAUAUUGAAAAAUGUUACAUGUUUUUGAAACUUUUUUUGAGCCAACACCGUAGCUGCUUUUUAAUUUUUUCACAGGAGUGGAACAUUAUUGCUUAGUUUAUUUACUAUUUGGCAUUUAUAUGAAGAUUUUGAACAUUAUAAUUUCAAUAACAAACAACUUACGCAGAAUGGAUAUGUAGGGCGAUGUCAGAAUAUGUGACAAAACUUGUUCUGUAACUGUAAAUCACUUAACUGGAAAAAUUGUUUUUUAAUGGAUAACCUACGUUUAUUAACAUAUAGUACAUAGAAAACAGCCAAACUUGAAACUUAACACGUUUAGUACCAAAAAAUUCAAAUUGCUUUGAAAACUAAUGGUAGGAAUAAAAGAUAAAAAUUGUGUUCUUGAAGUAAUUCAAUGAUUGUUGGAUUUUGUAUUCUACAGACAGUCACUAAAUUACAUUUGUGCCACUUGUAAUGGGCCAAAACCCUUUUGUAAUGUUAAAAGAAAUUUUAAUUUGUUUUAAAAAUAAUAGAUUUAGCUGUGAUACAAAUGUUUUAUGCUCAUUGUCACAGGGGAAGGUGGGACCAAGUACGCUUCACCACUUUGAGCGUUCAUGAAAAUUCAAUUACUUUGUGACAUCUUUCAUGUUGUUGCAGAUAACUGACAGCGUUAAAAGCGCAGUGGUGUCAUCAUAUCACUAGUCAGUACAUGUUGUUAAUGAAAGAAAAGUUAUAGCAAGAAAAUAGCCUCAAAUUCGAUGCAGCACGAACAUAGAUAAAUCUUACAUUCUCCCUACUUACCUUUGCAACACUUGCCCCCCCCCCAAAAAACACUAAAUGCAAUAAAUAAGGGUGAAACAAGACUUCACGUAUUGCUGAUAUGUAUACAAUGCCAUGUACCUUACUGCAGAGGUACCCUUCAAUCCAAUAUAAUAUACAUUUAAAAUAAUGUACAGCAUUUCUUUUAUUGAUAUCAAAACAACUCUGAUACUGAUGUGAAAUUAUCCACUAUUUUUGUUGAAUUAUGUUACUAGGAUCUCUGUUCCUACAAACAUCUUUUUAAAACUUUUUUUUGUUCUUAAUUUGUUUUGGCAUCAGCUAUGAUUUCAGUAAUUGUUUUGAAAUUAAGGAUUAUGUUUAUCUUUUUGUUACUAAAAAUUACUAUUUAAAAAGUUUUAAGAAGUUAAUAUUAUUGACAGUGGCUAAUGUAUGUUAAAAAGGCAUGUACCAAUUCAAAUCUUGUAAUUAAGUACAAUUUGGGUAGUCUUGUUGAACAGUGAUUUUCAAAAUCUAUUGUGCUUUGAAUGUUUAACACCAAAUAUAUUGCUAUAUACUUUGUACGCAGUAUCGUACAAACUGUUUUCAUGAGAUCUUAUAUUGUCUAUCUACAAAAGUAUUACACAUUAUUUUAACACUGAGUAAAGAAAACUAAAUUAGGUACAAUUGAUACUUGCUUUUCUUACAUUAUUUUGUGUAGACAGUCAUUGGCACCAGUGAAUUUGUACAUUGAUUAUCUUAAUGAAUGCUAAAACAACAGUCAUCAUUGCCUUUCUUUUAUACCUCACACUCUCGGUAUCUUAUAUGACAGUAUAAUUAAAUCGUAUACCAUUGUGCCAUCUCAAAGAUAUGAGGAAUAACUGACACAGUCUACAUUAUAUCUGAGAUAUAGUACAGAUAACUGGAUGGUUGUUGAACACUGAAAUAUAUAUUUCAAUGGUUGCCAAAUUUUUGUGUUGUUGCUAACAUACUUAAGAGCAUUUUAAAGGCUUAUCAAAUCAUAAUCCAUACAAGUUCCCAUAACAGAACAACUAUCACAUUGAAGCCCUGAAAUCUAUGCUUUGGAAUAACUCAAAAUCAGCAAUUACUACGCCAGAAAUCUAGGCUGGCUUUUGGUUGUUACCAAACAGAAAACUCUGGUAAUAGUUUCUGUGGAGUGUAAACUAGUUGACUUUCAGGUUGAUGACCUAUCACUUGAACUAGUUUAUGGAAAGAUCGUCAACAUGAAAUAAUUUUUAUUUUCUCACCCUAUUUCCAGCAUUUUCUGAUUUUAUUUCAGAUUUUCAGCUACUGCAAUAUUUGCUUUUUGAUUUGGCAUUGCCAGUUUUCAUUUAAAUAAGGAAAACAUAAUUUAUCUCGACCCACUGAGAAACGUGCUUUCUCGUAUCAAACUUUACGUUGUUUCUUUCGGAACUGAAUUUGCAUUCAUGCCUAGAAUACAAUAAAAGAAACUGAUCACGGAAAUUAUCCGCAGUAGAUCUGAUCCUAGAUGUGCUAUGGAAUGCAAGGCAAUAUCUCAGCUAAGAUGAAGCAAAAUAAAAAAAUUCUAUAAGUGCCAGCCUAAAAUUAGUGUAUUUCCUUUUUUUCCAUCUUUGUGUUCUCCCAUUUUUAUUAAUAAAUGGGUGAUAAUAGAACUUGCAGUUGUGAGAUAAGUAAAUGUUUCCCCUUUCCCACCAAGGACAUGCUGAGUACUCUCCAGUUAGAUAUAGUACAAAUUGCUUCCUGCCAACUGUAACAAAUGGCUUCCUUAUACUGCUGUAAUAAUGUACCAGAUUGCCCUUUCCUGAUUCUGUUAUAAAUUCUGCUUGUCAAGCUACCACUAAUGUAGUGACUAUUGCCAUCAUCUAAGAUAGUUUAACUCUCAGGCACAAUGCCAGUCAAAUUGCUAAGAUAAUAAAUCAAAGAUAACUUGAUAGUCACAAUUUAUUUAAUUGACCUCUCUAUUGAUGAUGUUGCAAAUAGUUGAUGGUAAUGUGCCAAACGAAUAAACCGAUUUUUAUUCACUUUGAAAUAAACAUUUUUCAUUUGUAAUUCUUUCUAUUAACAGGCAGGCUUACCUUAGUAAGGGGAAAAAAAUUAUGCUAUGACUUAGGUGGUCUUUUUCUGACUUUUUCAAAAGGAAAGGAAAAAGAAGGAAGCAAGUCACUCAAAUGGUAGUUACACUCAAACAGGAUAUCCACCGAUACCUCCUGGCAUAGUUGUGGGAGGAGAAAAUACUAUCGUGGACUGAAUUGUGGAAUCUGUCUUGUGUUUCUAAGCAUCUAUACUCCUUAGUUCGGAAAAUUCAAGCUAAAUUAUUCCUUAGGUAGCACAAAACCUAUUUUAGCCAAAUGGCAGAAGUGCAUCUUGCUGCACCAAUCUGUGAAUUUCUUAUGAAACUCAAAAACUUUAAUUAAUAUUUUAGUCAAGGUGGGUAAAUAAAUGUGAGUGAUCAGCUUGUUUUCCCUAACGUGUUGUUGAAAAAUGGCUAUUUUGGCCAAUAAGAGUCCAGAUCAGAUGUGGUUACAAUUUUAUUUUGUAACAAAUUGUUUUUUCCUCUCUCCCCAGCUAUGGAAUGAAGUUUAAUAAUCUCUCGAUGCAGUGAUAUAACCAUUUUAUCAGUAACUUCACCGACAUAAUUUUAUUUUCAAAUUUGGUAAAAUAUCAACCAUGGUACCAAACAGUACGUCUUAAAACCAUUAUCAUUGUAUGAAUAUCAUAAUCCCCUUAUAUGGUCAACAUAAAAUUGUUUUCACGUGUAUUAUUGCUUUCUCACAGUAGCUGAAGUGAUACUGAAUGUUUUUUAGGGAGUUCUAAAUUUAUUGCUUCAAUCUAAUCCCUACACGACUGAUUUAUUUAUAUGUUAAAUUUCGUGUCAGAGUGAAAAUUAUAUUCCUUGUGGGAGUAACUUUAAGAUUUCUGAGAAUCCAAAUAUAAUUAUGAUAAAUUACACAGAGAACAGGCAACAGAUUUCCAAAACUGCAUAUUUAUACGUUUAGUAGGACCUGCCAAUGCUGGAGUCAGAGAUGAUAAGGCGUGGAG